AUGUCCCCUAUCCACAGUGCCCAGCACCUGCCUGAAGGUCUCAUCGACUGUAUCCUUGAUUACCUGCUGGUGCACGCACCCGAGCUGAUCACCAAAAGCUACCGCGGGCUCCAGCUACGAGAAUGCUUCUACUACACUAUCCACCCAACCAUGAGGCAAUUCUCAAAUUUCUUACCGAUCCUUGGCCUAUGCAGGAGCUGGCGGAAUGCUGCCUCCAAGCACGCUUACAGCCAUGUCAUGAUCGAUAUGGGCUUUGGGUCACAGGGGCGCUGGUCCUUACCGAAAACCCCGACGCUGUCGCUUGCUGCCGAGAACUCCAAGAGCAGUCUGGCUAAAGCAGUCACCAUAUAUGUCGGGCUCCAUCAGAUUGUCAAUGGCCGGGCAGAGGCAGCGCUUUCUCGAGCACCGCUUGAGGAUGCAGGUUUUUCGAAUGUCACACAGGUGCGACUUCUUGUGAGAAGCUACUCGGAUCCUGAGGGCAACCUCGCAGACGAGACCAGCUGCAACUCUGAUGCCCUGAGGCUCCGUGAGCGCAUCCUCAGCUUGUUUCCGAACGUCCAGGUUACAGACCAUUCCGAAUACGAGGACUGGGCGAAUAUCAGCAGUCGAUUCAUGGCCAAGGGCUUCAAAACAAGCGUCGAGUUUGCAGACGAAGGUUCAUACUACUGCCAAUGGAAGAUGCUCAAUAUGCUCAUGCCGGGAACUGGCCUCACCCAUAUAUCGCUCACAGGCCAGCGAUAUAACUCUGCAGGCGCCAUUGAGCUUGUGCGCCGCAAUGCCAACACGCUAUCAUGUAUCAGCUUGUUCUGGUUCUACCCUACCCACUUCCGCCUGCUAAUCGAGAGUGAGGAUGGAUCGAACACAUUUAUCUACCCGCAUGUUGAGCGUCUAGCCAUCUACAUUCCCAUGUUUUCAUGGCUAGCUACCUCUACAUAUACACCACCAUCAUGUGUGCCGUUUCCCCGGCUCAAGCAUCUUGUGUGCCAAGAUCGCCAGCCGUAUGACACAGAUAUACUCUUCCGCGGCAACAGUGCAACACUAGAAACCGUCGCCAUCGGGCUGGAUAUCACAGAAACGGGGUUUUUCCAUGGCUCAUCAUUCCCUUAUGAAUCGCAACCAAAGUUGGACUACGUACAUGUGUCGCUGUUCUGGGUCAGAUUUACAAACGACCGGCGGGUGUUUACGACAGAGACAAAGCAGAAUUCUAUUCGGAGUGUGCUGCAGGUGGUGCGCUACAAAGGCUACACUGGCUGGCAGGUCAUCGAGCAAAUACUUGUUGUCGCAUCGCUGAUACCAUCGCUGGAGCGCAUCUCGCUAUACAGACACAGCUGCAGCCAUUUGAUAGAGCGCGUCCGCCGCGAGCUGUCCAGCACGCGGUGGACCAAGCGGAUUCCUGACUCUUCUGUCAACACUCUGGUGAUUGAGCACCGCAUGACAGGACCAUGCGACGGCACCGGCGGCCACCGCAAAAAGUGGCACAGCAAUACCAAUCUGACCGAGACCCAAAUCACAUGUCCCAUCGUCACGACGCAUUACCUGACGGUCGAACCCCACGUCGUCUCGCCCACCUUCGACGAACGGUAG